UAAUCAUGGUGAUCAGCAUCACGAUAUGCGCUAUGAACAUCUACCAGAUAGUGUCCAAGUGGACGUCGACUCCGUUCGUCAAUGUGAUAGAUCCAUUACCGACGCCAAUAUACGCCAUACCCUUUCCCAGUGUGGUGCUGUGCCCGCAUCUACAUGUGCAGAUGUCGUAUUGUAAUGUUACUAAGCUUAAACAGGUUGAGAGAUUCUACGCAUCUCUCGUGUGUCCACAAAUGAACGCUGAAAAAAUCACAUUGAAGGAACGACUUAACCCCGAACAAAACAAAGUUUUACAGGAAUUUAUUAAAAAGGGCUCCCCCAAAUGCUCUGACAUGGUGCAGAUGUGCUACUGGCGGUCGAGCCACGGCACGGAGUGGUUCACGGAGGACUGCUGCGAAAAGCUGCUCACGCCGGUCUUCACGCAGUAUGGCCUAUGCUACGCCUUCAACGGCCUGCCGCUCAGUGGGCUAACAAACGCAACAAUAGAAUGGCAGAAGACAUUCAACGAGAACGCUACAGCGCGGAAACUGGAAUGGGACUUGGACACCGGGUACCCGAAGGUGUUUCCCCCCAAGCCCAACAUGAGGCCAUUCCGGGUGACGGCGUCGGGGGAGGUCCACGGCCUGGGGAUAGACCUAUUCCUCAACAUCAGCGAACACCAGUACGAUUGUGACGGCAACCAUGUUGGAUUUAACAUCCUCAUUAACUCCCCAACCGACCACGCCUACACCAGCGCCGUCCUCCGCCUGCCCAUGGACCGGAUGACGACCAUCGAGGUCACGCCAACCACGUACAAGACAGACUCCUCACUCCGCAGCCUGACCCCAGACCAGCGGCAGUGCUUUUUCCAGAACGAGAGGGAACUCGAGCUGUACGAGUACUACACGGACAGCAACUGCAAGCACAACAUGUGGAUACAGGAGACGUGGAAGUACUGUAACUGCGUGCUGUAUAAUUGGCCGAGAGAGCGCGUCGAAAACCCAAUUUGUUCUACGCUGUCCGACUUUAAAUGCGUCGACGACAUUAAAGAACGAGUAGACGACCAGCUGAUGCACAACUUCUACGCUGACAGCGAGGAGCAGCGGUCUCCCCACGAGGCGGUGUCGUGUUUUCCCGCCUGCAACGACGUGCUGUACUACACCCAAGUCUACUACUCCGACCUGGUGAAAGAGCCGCGGUACUCGCGCUUCGAGUGGAAGUCGCCGAGGAAAGGAGAGCUGACCAGUAUAAACGUUCAUUUCCACGAGGACAUAUUUCUGGGGCAGCACCGACAUGCUCAAUACGAUGACUAUUACUUUGCAGGUGCCAUCGGUGGACUCCUAAGCCUAUUUCUUGGUUUCAGCAUCAUCAGUGUGGCAGAACUGGUCUAUUUCGUCAUUUUGAAGCCGAUACACAUUGCAUUCAAGAGGACCUUCAAUAAAAUUCAUCGAUAG